AUGUCAAUGUGGAGACUUCCGGAAGAGAUUGAGGUAGAUAUUUUUCUCAAAUUACCAGUGAAUUCAAUCUUAGCAUGUAGAUGUGUGUGCAAGCCAUGGUGUGGUCUACUUACUAAACCUAAAUUUAUCAAGGAUCACCUUGAUCUUACAAUUCAAAGUAACAAUAAUAACAAUCCUAGACUCAUGUUUGGUCAAUCUCAGUAUGAUCAAGGUAAGAACCCUAUCAUUAAUUCCGUAGAUUACAAAUCAAUUUCAUCAUCAUCAUCAUCAUCAGCUUCAGAUUUCCCAGAAAUGAAAGUUGUUUCGAUGGAGUACCCAUUUGAAAAAAUAAAUACUAAAGCUAUUGUAUUUCUGGGUUCUUGCACUGGAUUGAUAUGCUUGGGUGUUUCUAACAAUGGAACGAGUAUUAAUGAGAAAAACUGGAUUUGUAUCUGGAACCCAUCAACUGGUGAAUAUAUAGAUAUCAAAUUGCACAUAUUGGAAUUUCGGGAGAAAGCAAGCUACUGUUACAGAUAUGGGUUUGGCUAUGGCAGCAACAUCGAUGAUUACAAGUUAGUGCAAAUUUCUGGUUAUGAUAACUGUUGGAGCCAAAUUGUUAAAGUAUGUACGAUAGGAUCCAAGUGUUGGAAAACUAUUCAAAGCAAACACCCUUACGUAUUUUCUGGUCAGCUGCACGAAAAUCUUCACGGGGUGUUUAUUAAUGGUGUUCUUCACUGGUCAGGUGCUACGAAAGCCACUUUUGGAAUCACUGGUAAACAUAUAGUUUGUUUUGAUAUUAACGAAGAGAGAUUCAUGGAUAUUCCAUUUCCUGAAGAAACUGUGCUACCUCUACAACAACAUCAGGAAACGUAUAGAGAAGUAGGGGUGUUGGGAGACUGCCUUUGUGUAGUGUUUUCUGUCAUAGGUACCCGAACGGAUGUAUGGGUGAUGCAAGAUUAUGGAGUAAGAGAAUCUUGGACUAAAAUAUUUACCACUACCCAGGAAACAAUGACCAGAGAUCGGUUUUUGAAGCCGAUAUGGUCUUUUGAAAAUGGUGACAUUCUAGUUCAUUCUUGCGGACAGUCGAGUUUAUGCAAUCAUAAUAAUGGAAACACCACUAGAAAGGUUCUAUUUGAUGGUAUUAAUAUGGGAAGGUAUCCAGAAAGUUAUGUGGAGAGCCUGGUUUCUCUUAAAUCGAGAACAUAUGUGAAGAAAAGGAUUACAAAUGGAAAUAAGGAGUCUAGCGACGAAGAUUGA